AUGGCUGGCGAGGGGAUCAAAGGGCGAUUUAGGGUGCUGUUGGACUAUUUUGAUUCUGAAGAACAAGAACUCGAAAACUUCUUUCGAAGUCUGAAACGCAAUGAUGACUUUCUGGAGAAGUGGAAGAUAAUGCUUAGGGCUCUAAUUUUCAUGGUGGUUGAUUUAGAAAGCAAGAAAUGGAGCCAGGGAUGGAACAGGAACAGCGUACGCGUAGUCGUUGAUCUUGGGCUGUACAAGGUUGAAGAAGCUUUCUAUCAAGCAGAGGAUGUCAUGGAUGAGAUCUUCACUGAAGCUUUGCAACCAUUGUUAGACGGCCGAAAUUUUUCGUACCGGUAUGCAAACUGGUUGGCUGCUGAAUCUCAGACCAAGUCAAGUCCAGUAUGGAUCUACGCGAAAGAGAAAGAAAGAAUAAUGGAGAAGAUCCUUUACAGAAUAGAUUUCUUUUUGAAGGUAGGAGAUGCGCUCGAUUUGAGUGGAGGCAGAGAAUACGAUGUAUACCGUAUGAAAUUACAAAAGAUCCGACUCAAUCCCAUCUGGGAUGGCGAGUCUCCGAGAAGAUUUAUUUAUUUUGUGGAUGAGUCUGAAGUAUUCGGUAUGGACGUUAAGAAAGAAGAAUUUAUGAAUAUCUUGCUGUCCGAUGAUACAUGUAAUAAAGAGUUGUCUGUAAUUCCGAUACAGGGUCAGCCUGGAAUGGGCAAGACCACACUUGCUCGGAUCAUUUACAACGAUCCCAUCGUAGGCCAACAUUUUGAUCUCAAGGCCUGGUUUCGCGUUGGUGAUUUUGAGUUGGUCAGAGUGACAAAAGCAAUCUUUGAGUCCUUCAAUUUGCAGUCUCUUGAUCUCAAGGUAUUAAAUUUGCAGUCAGGACUAAAUUUGGACCAACUCCAAGUAAAAUUGCAAGAGUACCUUAGGGGAAAGAGAUUUUUACUCGUUCUAGAUGAUGUGUGUUCUGUUAAUAAAGACUGGGAAGUCUUUCGAUCAACUUUAAUAGGAGCUGCUGCCAAUAAAUGUUGUGUUACUGUAACUACACGCAAGGAAGAUUAUGCAUCAUUGAUCAGUACUGUCAAUGCUUAUCGAAUGGAGCCAUUAUUAUAUGAUGAAAUUUGGUCGCUGUUUGCAAAGUUUGCUUUUGGCAACCAAAUCCCUAGUUCAUAUCCAGAUCUAGAACCUAUUGGCAGAGAAAUUGUGCGUCGCUGUCACGGUGUGCCUUCAACAGUAAGAACACUAGGGUCUCUCUUGCGAUUUAAGCUACAAGUUGAGGAUUGGAAGACUGUACAGAAAACACUUGUGACUUCUCGUUUUUACGAUAAAAGGAUUCCGGGCGAUGAUCUUCCUACAAAUCUGAAGCAAUGCCUUAGAUAUUGUUCAUUAUUUUCCAACGAUUAUGAGUUUAAGAAAGAGAACCUUGUCCUUUUAUGGAUGGCAGAAGGUCUUCUAGAUGGACAGAGAAUGGAAAAUACUGGUUACGAAUACUUCGAUCAAUUGUUCUCGAAAAAACAUUUUUCAUCAUGCUCUGCUCGUGAUGGUGUUGAUACGCUUUUCAAGAUGUUCAAUGAAAAGGAGGACCGUAGUUUCUCUUCUAGAUAUUUCUUCGGAUUGGAGGAAAGCUUUUCUGCUCAAUUCUCUUCUAGAUAUUUCUUCAGAUUGGGGGAUGAUUCUUUUUCUCAAUUCUCUGUAAGUAUCAGGCAUUUGUCACUUUUUUUCAGAAGCCAAUAUGAUUCCACAGUGAUAUUUAAGGCCAUUGAUAAAUCCAAUUUUUUAAGGACCUUUUUGCCACUGGGUCAUGGAUCAUGUCAUUUAAGUAGUGAUGAGCUGCAUAAUUUGUUGUCCAAACUGCGAUUCUUACGAGUGCUUUCUUUAUCCCGUUAUCAUAUCACUGUGUUACCUGUCUCCAUUGGCGAUUUGAAACAUUUACGGUAUAUCGAUCUCUCUGACACCCUAAUUAAUAGGUUACCUGAAUCAGUUUGUGACCUUUGCAAUCUACAGACUUUAAUAUUGUCAAAUUGUCAUUCUCUAACUGAAUUGCCACAAAACAUGUGGAAGCUUAUUAACUUGCGUCAUCUCAACAUUUGUGGAACUGACUUAAAUGAGAUGCCAAAAAAAAUGAGCAGAUUAGAAAGUCUUCAAACACUGUCUGGCUUUGUUGUGGGCAAAGAAAGCAUCUCAGCACUACAAGAGUUGGGGGCGCUUUUGCAUCUUCGAACACUUCGCAUUUCAAAGUUACAGAACAUGGUCUCUGCUGAAGAUGCGGCUAAGGCCAGAAUGGAAAAAAAAUUUUACCUUGAUGAGCUUGUGUUAGAAUGGGGUGGUGAUAUCGUUGAUCCAGAAAAGGAUGAAGAUGUGUCUGAAAAGCUACAGCCUCCUGCAAAUUUAAAGAAGCUCCACAUUGAUCUUUAUUUUGGUACAAAAUUUCCAGAAUGGCUGGGGGAUCGUGUAUUAGGUAACAUGACUUUCCUACGUCUUAGCAAUUGCAAGCAUUGCUUAGACUUGCCACCACUCGGGGAUCUAGUAUUUCUUAAAGCGCUCAUUAUUGAAGGGAUGGAUGCAGUGAAGAGGGUGGGUUCUGAAUUCUUGGGGAGGAUGGAUGCAGUGAAGAGGGUGGGUUCUGAAUUCUUCGUGAUGAUGGAUGCAGUGGAGAGGGUGGGUUCUGGGACGUAUGGCUAUAGCUUACCAUUUAAUUUUUUGGAGACUCAACAUUUGAGGGGAUGCCAGAAUGGGAAGAAUGGGUUUCAUCUGAUACAGGUGAAGAAUUCCCUUGCUUGCGAGAGCUAUGAACUUCUGACUACACUUAUGACAGAGGCAUCAUUAAACAAAACGCUUUUAGAUUACCAUGAAAAGAUUCAGUUCAUAACUGACAAUAAAAUUGCCUCAUUCUCUGAGCAAAUGAGUGUCUUUAAAUAUGAAGGUACUACAGAAUCUUCAUUGCCCAAGACUGGUGGUGCGGAAUCCUCAUUGCACAUGACUCCAAACAUUGGAGGUGAAGCUGAUCUUCCCUCCAACAAUUGGUCCAACCAAGAUGCACUGCAAGAACUAUCCUCUUUCAAAAGCAUGAAAGUUUCAGAUGUAUCAGAACUGAUGGAAGUAACGGGGCUACAUAGCCUUAAAAUUGAAGGAUGUGAUGCUCUGGAGUUCAUACCUGAAGAAGUGAUGGGCAGAAACCGGAGUAGCUGUGAUUCCAUGAUACACCUCCCAUUACAAUUGUUUCCGAGUCUUAGAAGUCUUUCUAUCUGGAAUUGUGCAUAUCUGGAAUCCCUUUCAAUGCCAGAAGAAAGUCAGGCAAAGCUCACAUCUCUUGAUGCCUUAGAGAUCAAGGAUUGUCCAAAGCUGGUAUCUUUUCCAGGAGGAGGAUUGCCUACCCCCAACCUGACGUCCAUUUGGUUCUCCAAUUGCAAGAAUCUUGAGAAACUGCCUAAUCACAUGCACACCCUUGGUUAUCUCCAGUCAUUGUCUAUAAAUAAUUGCCCAGAACUUGUAUCACUUCCAGAAGGGGGGUUGCCCUCCAAACUAAGUAUACUUUGUAUCACAUUUUGCGAAAAACUCAUUCUUGGGAGGGAGUGGGGUUUGCAUAAGCUUGACUGUCUUCGUCGGUUGGAGAUUGAAGGUGGAUGUAAAAACGUGGAGUCAUUUCCAGAGGACCAGUUACUGCCCAGCAAUCUCGACUCUCUACGCAUCAGCAGACUUUCUAAUCUCAAAAAUGUGAACUGCAAGCAGCUUCAUCACCUUACUGCUCUCAAGAAAUUGGAGAUUAGCAGCUGUAACGAACUCCAGACCUUGCCAGAGGAGGACCUUCCCUCCUCCCUGUCUUUUCUCUGCAUCAAGGAGUGCCCUUUGCUGGAACCAAAACUCCAAAAUAAGAGGAAAAGAUUGGUCUAA